CUUUUAGCACCGCCUUUGAAGCUAACGUUUUGUGGUCAGACAGAUCUAUAGAGUGUUCAAAUGAGUCUUCGAUUCAGAGGAUAUGCUCACCAACGCGUUUAUGUUAGGCCUACACGCAGUGUUCUAAUAAAAACGUCAUUUGACUGCUGCAAACAUCAGCUUCGAAGUGCUUAUGCAUUGACCUGUUCGACAACCUGCGAGAGUCGAAUCACCGUCUUCAGGAGUAAAUUAGAAUAGUGAGAUACCGCAUAGCAACGUUUGCUUUCAACCUCGAAGUAAUCGGAAAAAUCUUGCGAGGAAGAAUAUCAAGCGUGACGGCUAUUCAUCCUCUUUCUCUAACACAGGAUAUUAUAAAUAAUUCGAUUGUAGACGAAGGUGUAUCACAGAUCAUCACUGCUAAUUUUCUUAAUCACCAGGCUUCUUGUGGCGGUUAUACAAUGAUACUAUUCCGCGCGUCAUUUGUUGUCAUGGUGAGUGUUUUUCUGAGGUGCAGUAAAAACGUGUUUGCUGCACCUGUCUUGAAAGAUGAUGCAGGCAAUGAACUGUUAAAACAAGAUUCAAAUGUACAAGAUGAAGUGAAUUUCAUGGGUGGUGAGGCAACAUCGCGUGGACCAGUAGAAUCUAAAACGAAAGAAGCAGCAACAGAAAGCUCGGGUGAAAACCCAUUCGCAAACUUUAACCCGAAUAAUACUAUCGCCUAUUCCUCAUCAAAUAUUCUACCUAAUGAUGCACCCUAUGACAUGAUAUUCAUUCCUUCUUCAGAGGUUGUACCAUCUGACACAGACGAUCUAGUAUUAGAUAUGUCUUCUAGCUCGUUAGAAAACAACCGCGGGUUCAUCGAUACCAUUGAUGGUAGGCCUAAUGUAGGAGAAGAUGAACUACUACAAGUUAGCAUGGCUAGCGAUGAUCCAAGCGAAAUGGAAAUUGGAGUGGGGUUGGACGGUGAAAUUGAUUAUGGAGAUUUGCUUAGCUUGGUGGGUGAAUAUAGCGACUGGCCUGAACUAUCGUGGAUGUCAGAAUUUAGCGAGGUGGUAUCGGACGGCAAAAAUUUUGACAAUACGCUUCCCGAAGCCGAUACAAAAGAUACGAUUAAGGAACCGUCAAAAUACACGUUUGUUAAUAAUUUUCAAAAGGAAGAGGGCGACAAAGACAACGGGGUGCAUGCCGACGAGGUUGAUGGUUAUGAGGAGGUCAUUGAUGGAGUGAAAACUCGUAGAAAACGUUCAAAUGCAAACCCUCAAGAGACCAGCGUAGAUUUAUCCGAAGAUGAAAAAAACGAAGAUGUUCUACGGAAAGAUGGAUCAUCGUCUUUCUCGUCAUAUUCUGACAUUAGCGUUAGUGCUUCCGAAACUUAUGAUCAGUUUAGUAGCGUAUCUGAAGAGGUUUCAGAAGUAGGUGGGAUCUUUCAAGACGUUGAUCCCAAACGUGCAGAAAUCGAUCAAGUUUUGGCAAGGUAUCCACGACCCGGUGACACUCAGUUGGACACUUGGGAUGCCGACUGGAAUAAGAUAGGAGAGAGAAGAGAAAAGAGGGGAAUAGAUUUAUUUAAAUAUUAUGCAGUGAACUUUCCGACACUCGAAGGAAUGAGAAAAAGAGGGGCAGACGAUUUCCGGGUACCAUUUGAUAUUGACACGGUUGCAAAUGAUAUAGUUCCUUCUGUAAGCAAGAGGAAACGUAGUCUCCAAGAUAAGCGACAUAGCAAUGAUGCCUGGGACACCGUAGACGAAGCCGAUGCGUUAGGCAGCAGCUCCAGUUAUAUCCUGGGUCAAUUUGACAUAGAUGAAGUACAGAGUGAGAGCGAGAAUUCUGACAUUUACUUGCCAGAGAUUACUGACGAUUCCAAUGAACUUGGGGAGUUUCUAUCGCACGUUGUGUCUGUGUCUCCAGAAUUUGAAAGUCGCCGGGGGCACAUAUUCGACAUCCCCGACUAUAACGAGGGGAAAUACUUAGCGCAUAGAAGUGCUAAUUUGAAGAUGCCGUCAAAACGUAAACAGGAUAUCGGUAACGUACCAGAUCCAGCAGAGCUUUUGAAACUGUAUGAAAUUGUAAAGCAUCUGAAUCCACAAGAUUUGAUCGAUGCCAGAAAACCACGAAUGUAUCUGCCAGGCCCACAUGCCGGAUACCAAGCAUACGGUGACGAAAUCCACAGGAGCAUUUUCGGCUCAAAGCGUCGUGCAUCGAGUCAGGAAUUUUUUAACCCGUUACCGAGAAGUCUAAAACAAGUGUAUACGCCCAAUAAGCCAAGCAACGCCCACCAAAACGACGUCUUUCAAAACACGAUAGACGAAUAUUUAGAGUCAGAGGGUUCGGAUAUAGACACGUCAAGUAGUAUUGUAGCUGAAACGAAUGAAAAUCCCGACUUUGCUACGACUCUGGCUGAGCUGAUGAAGGAAAUCGAGGAACUGACACUAAUAGAGAAACUGCUUCAACUAGUGAGACAUACGAACGACGAAGAUGGGCAAUACAGACGAUAAGAUACAACUUUAAGGCGCUUUGCAUUCGAUAACUUACGGAUUAUCAAACAGCAGAUCGCAUACAAGUUUAAAUCGUACGACCUCGGUUGACGAUUAUAAGUUUGACCUUGUUUUUUGUGUCUCAUAUCGUUAAACAAUUUUAGACGAAUAAUAUUAAUUAUCUAUAAUCGCUUAUAUUCACGACUUGGAGAGAUUUGUUUCAUAUUUCCUCAAAGUAUUAGAAAUAUUUUUGUACUGUUUUAAUGAAACAACAUGAUUCUUCCUGACUUUGGUGUAUUAUGCAAAAUUCCGAUGGUUCUUAUUUCAUUAUAUUUUUCUGGAAAUUGAGUCACACAAACUCGAUUUGGAUAUUCCCAAAGAAUAAAAUACAAUUAAUGAAUAAAUAUUAAAGUAGAUAAAUCUCAUCUAAUUAGGCCUACAUGCAUGUUUACAUAUCCUCCUCAAUCAAAAUGAUAUUGCUAUCCUAUAUUUUUAUUCUAGUAACUAGAAUCAAAUUUUUGCGCGCAAUUGUUUGCACGCAGGCCUUACUCAAAAACAUAUUUUAGGAUUUUCGUGUAAAUAAAUGGUAUUCGUUCGUUGAGUGUAUUGCUUUACCCUUUCAAGUCUUAUAUUCUGUCAGAUAUUUAAUGUAAAAAGAAAUUUUAAAGAAAAGGGACUCAAAAAAUUGACAAGUCUAAUUUUAUUGUCAAUUUUUUGAGCCACAUUUAUUCUACUUGUACUAAAACUCACAUUCUACGAUAGUUUUUCUAUUUGUAACGUUUAAAAGUAUAUACUAUUCUUCAUGAUGUAUAUAAGCUCUCUUGUUGAAAUAAAGCACGUCACAGUUUGCUGAUUUGGCUCCGCCUACUUUGAUGUGCGCAUGCGUAAUUAUGCACAAAACUGUUACCCCAAACUUCGCAGAAAAGUUAGCUAUUAAAUUCAUUCAGCUUCUACGUCAUACGAGAAACUUCGAUGCAUACUAAUCUGCAUACCAAAACAAGAAUUUUUACCCCGCCAUAUCAUUAUCGGUAGGCCCAUAAAUUAUGACUAAAUUAUCAAAAUUCUGUGAAUAAAUAUGUAAUUGAAAUUGGUUGUGAAGGUGAUAAUUUUUUAAUGAAAUGUAAUAUCAAUCAAUUCACGAUUUAGAUAAAGUUGGGGAGGCUACAAACUAGGAGUUACGUGUUUUUUUUUUAUUGUAUUUGUAUUUGUGCAAACGGAAAUAAUACAGGCACGAUGAUUUUAAAUUCCUCGUCAACUGAACAAUAUACACAAUUAAACUGGUAAUGCUCGCAGUAUUGGAAACAUGAGUCAACUGAAAUAAGUGAACAUACGUCAAAAAUACUAUUCCUGUCAUAGGAAAAUAGAAAUUCUCUAUGAAAUUGUUCACAAGAAAGGAAAACACAACAAGGAUCACAAUCUAACAUGUUAAGUUCAUUCGUGUUUCGCCGCCGUUAUAGUGGCUAUUUUAGCUUAUUUUAAUCUGAAAUCGAAUCUAAUUGUUUUGCCAUAUUGUAUAAUAAAUGUUGAUAUAUGUUGUA